CUACCCACGUAAUAAUAAGGUGUAGCUAUUUCUAAUUUUUUAGGGCACAAAAACGAAAUCCUCUCUCUCUCUCUCUCUCUCUAAAAUCGAAACCCAACCUUUCGCUUCUAUCUCCGAACCCAAAUCGACGGCGGCGAUGGCAACAACAUCCGUGGUACCGGCGAAUCGCCGGCGAACGGUUACUUCCAACGAGGAUAUGGACUUCGAAACAACAGAAGGUGUGAAAGCUAUCGGAAGCUUCGAAGAGAUGGGGAUAAAAGACGAUUUGCUUCGUGGAAUCUACCAAUACGGUUUCGAGAAACCCUCUGCGAUUCAACAGCGUGCUGUUGCACCUAUCAUUCAGGGACGUGAUGUUAUUGCUCAAGCUCAAUCUGGUACCGGAAAGACGUCAAUGAUUGCGCUUACUGUUUGUCAGGUUGUUGAUACCUCCGUCAGAGAGGUGCAAGCUUUAAUUGUGUCUCCGACAAGAGAACUGGCUUCACAGACUGAAAAGGUUAUAUUGGCGAUUGGAGAUUUCAUUAAUAUACAAGCCCAUGCUUGCAUUGGAGGCAAAAGUGUGGGAGAAGACAUAAGGAAACUUGAGCAUGGAGUUCAUGUGGUUUCUGGAACUCCUGGCCGAGUUUGUGACAUGAUUAAAAGGAGAACAUUGCGCACAAGAGCUAUCAAGUUGCUAAUUUUGGAUGAAUCUGAUGAAAUGUUGAGCAGAGGGUUUAAAGAUCAAAUCUAUGAUGUGUAUAGAUAUCUCCCACCAGAUCUUCAGGUUUGCUUGAUUUCUGCUACGCUACCUCAUGAAAUUCUGGAGAUGACAAAUAAGUUUAUGACAGAUCCUGUGAGGAUCCUUGUAAAGCGUGAUGAAUUGACAUUAGAGGGCAUCAAGCAAUUUUUUGUUGCGGUUGAAAGGGAGGAGUGGAAGUUUGAUACUCUGUGUGAUCUUUAUGAUACUCUUACCAUCACUCAAGCUGUUAUAUUCUGUAACACCAAGCGAAAGGUGGACUGGUUAACUGAAAAAAUGCGUAACAAUAAUUUCACUGUCUCAGCAAUGCACGGUGACAUGCCUCAAAGAGAAAGAGAUGCAAUUAUGGGAGAGUUUCGUGCUGGUACAACCCGAGUAUUGAUAACAACUGAUGUUUGGGCUCGUGGGAUUGAUGUACAACAGGUUUCUCUAGUUAUUAAUUAUGAUUUGCCAAAUAAUCGUGAGCUGUACAUUCAUAGGAUUGGUCGAUCUGGACGUUUUGGACGGAAGGGUGUUGCAAUUAAUUUUGUUAAAAGCGACGAUAUCAAGAUUUUGAGAGAUAUUGAACAGUAUUAUAGUACUCAGAUUGAUGAGAUGCCAAUGAAUGUUGCUGAUCUUAUAUAAAAGGGCAUGCAGUAUGCUGGGUGGAGUGCGUUUGUCAAAUUUGUGAUAGGAGUUAGCAUUUGAUUGUGGUUUUGUUUUGAUACUUUUUGUGAUGUUCUUCUGAAACUUAACAUUUGGUCUUGUUAGAUUUCUAGUGUGCUCAACUGUAUAACAGAGAUGACUAUUUUCUUUGCUAAUAUGGUUGAGAUCAAUUUGUAAAUUGGUUUCGAAUGCUUUGUCCAAUGUCUUACAUUUGAUGUUGAAUGUCUAAUUUUGUGAUUCAAAUGA